AUGAGAGCCCGGCUGGUGUGCGUGGUGCUGUUGGCCUUGGCCUCCUGCAGCCUCUGCUCAGAUUCAGAAGAGGAAAUGAAAGCGUUAGAAGCAGAUUUAUUGACCAAUAUGUACACAUCAAAGAUUAACAGAGCAAAACUUCCUUACUGGAAAAUGACCCUGUUAAAUGUCUGCAAUCUUGUCAACAACAUAAACAACCAAGUGGGUGAAAAAGUAGAGGUAGAUGAAGAGGAUCUCAUUUCAGGAAGACAGUUUCCUGCUGCUCUGGAUGGCUUCAGCUUGGAAGCAAUGCUGACAGUAUAUCAACUUCAUAAAGUUUGUCACAGCAGAGCCUUUCAGCAUUGGGAGUUACUUCAGCAAGAUGUUUUUGAUCUAGAGAACUCAAGCCAAGACAAGGAAAUAAUGAAAAGAAAAAAUCCCUAUAUUCUGAAACGGCAGCUACAUGUGAACAAAGCGAGAAGACCAUACAUACUCAAGAGAAGUUCAUAUUACUGA